AUGUCAUUGCUUGUGGUCGAGUGUAUUGCAAGUGGAUGCCAGUGGCAUACGAGAGGGAUAAAGCAAAAAGAAACUGAACUUUUUCUUGUGAAAAAAUUCAUUGAUACUCACACAUGUUCGUUGGAAUUUGUGAAUCAUGGGCACAAGCAAGCAUUAGGAAGGGUGAUUGGUGAUUGCAUCAAGGCCAUAUAUGAAGGUGUUGGGUGUGUUUACCGACCAAAGGACAUAAUGCAAGAUAUGAGAAGAGAAUAUGGAGUUAAUAUUACCUAUGAUAAGGCAUGGAGGGCUAGAGAAUGUGCUCUUGAUUCUUUUCAUGGUUCACCAGAAGAAUCAUUUGCUUACUUACCUCAUUAUUAUGCUGUAUUGGAGAUUAAUAACCCUGGUACAGUUACUCAUAUUGAGUCUGAUGAUGAAAAUAAAUUCAAGUAUUUUUUCAUGGCUAUUGGUGCAAGCUUACAUGGGUUUCAGAGUUCUAUGCACCCUGUUAUCGUCAUUGAUAGCACCCAUCUUAAGGGUAAGUAUUUGGGUACACUUUUUGUAGCAACUGCUUUGGACGGAAAUGAGCAAAUUUAUCCGGUUGCUUUUGGCAUUGUCAAUUAUGAGAAUAAUGCAUCUUGGCAAUGGUUUUUUGAAAAAUUACGGGAUGUCAUUGCAAUUGAAGAUUUCUCACGGUUAUGUAUAAUUUCAGACAGAAAUCCUAGCAUUGAUAGGGCAGUUUCACUUGUAUCGCCUGGUUCAUUUCAUGGUGCAUGUAUCGUCCAUAUCCAAUGGAACAUGAAGGCGCAAGGGUUCAACGAAUCUAUCAUUCUUAUAUAUCUUAAAGCUACUAAGGUAUAUCGAAUAUCUGAGUUCGAGCAUUUAAUGAAUCAGUUGCGUAAUGUCGACGGAGGUAGACCUUAUGCUUAUUUAGUUGAAGCUGGUUUCCACAGGUGGUCUAGAGCACUGUCUUCUGGUAAGAGAUAUAGUAUCAUCACAACGAAUAUUACGGAGUGCUUGAAUGCUAUACUACGAGAUGUUCGAAUUAGAAAGAGAAGCAAUAGGUUGCAGCGACUAAAUGUUCAACCAAUAAGCCAUAAUAAGUACUAUGUACGAGAUGGUGAUCAAGAUGGACAGGUCGAUCUGCAAAACAAGACCUGUUCAUGCCAGGUGUUUGAUCUUGACCAACUUCCAUGUGUACAUGCAUUGGCUGCAUGUCGAGUUCGGAACAUAUCUUUUAAUUCGAUGUGUUCUCUGUACUAUACGAACAAGGCCAUAAUGUUAGCUUACGUUGAACCUACAUACCCAGUAACUAUUGAGGAUCAGCGCAAAGUUAGCGAGGACAACGUAUUGCUCCCGCCUGCGACUAGACGUCAAGGGAGAGGCCAAGGCAACGAAGGAUCCCAUCAUCUAGUGAAACUAUAG